GCCUCCCUCACAGCGGCUGACGAACGCCGAGAAAGAGAAAAGCACUAGCAAGAGCAUAAGCAUAAGAGUGACGGUGUAUUAAGAGCUGUUCCAUAUACUCAACUGCACUUUGUGCUGCCAUGGGCCGGCGCUUAGCCAAACGAAUUCGUUGUCUAUGACAACGAAGUCUUGACAUAACAGAAAAUGUUUAUAUGCGAGAAUGCUUGAUGUGACGGUAUACCCAAGUUAAAAUCGAUUGUUUUUGUAAAAAGAUAUUAGUUAUUAAAGUCAAAAUGGAGGAAUUGAAAAAAUUUGGAUUGUUCAUAGACGAUAUCUACAGACUGCGAGUUCAGGAUCCCAGCAUUGCCACUCAAAAAAUAGAGCUGAGACACGAGUGCCUGGAAUAUUCAAGAAACCUUCUAAAUUUUAAGAGACUGGUCCAUGACUUCUAUAAAAUAUCAAAUACAUUUGCUAAAGAUGUCGAAGUGGAAAAGCUGCGAGCGAUUGGGACGCAAAACCAACUUAAAACAAUGUCGCAACAGCGGCAAGCUGAGCAGCAAGUAUGUCAGAGCAAGAUUUUGGAACAGACAGUCAAUCUAGAGCGUUUGAAGAGCGAGUACCAGUACUUGCAACGUACAGAAACGGAGCAGCAAGAAAUCAUAAAUAACUUUUUAUUGAAUCAAUAAAAAAAGUGUAU